UCAUAAACCUCUCUUAAAACUCAUAUUCUUACUUGCUUGGGAGUGUUUCAAGUUUCAACGCAGUUCCCUCCUUAUCUGAAACCACUGCCAAUGUCGACCCUAUCUGUUCCAAUCAAAAUCUUCUUCCAUCCAACAACCACCACUUCCUCCUUUCUCCAUUCCCAACCCCAAACCCUUACUUUCAUCCCAACAAGAACACCAACCAUAAGAGCUUCAGCUUCUGCUUCAGAGAACCCUCAGAAGCAACAUCAGAAGCAGCAGAAGAGCCCUCCCAACGCCGCCAACACUGCUUCCGAUGCCGACAAGGGCAUUCACCCCGCUGGGUUUCUCACCAAACGCGGCAUUUCACAUAAAGCAUUUGGCCAGUUCCUCCGUGAAAGGUAUAAAGCAUUGAAAGACCUGAAAGAUGAAAUUUUCAAUCGCCAUGCCAACCUCAAGGAGAUGGCUUCUGGGUUUGAGCUGUUGGGCAUGCAUCGUCAUCCAGAACAUCGGGUGGAUUAUAUGGAGUGGGCUCCAGGGGCUCGCUAUUGUGCGAUUGUUGCUGACUUCAAUGGGUGGUCUCCUACAGAAAAUUGUGCACGAGAGGGUUACUUUGGUCAUGAUGAUUAUGGAUACUGGUUUAUCAUUCUUCAAGAUAAUCUGAGAGAGGGAGAAGAGCCAGAUGAGCUCUAUUUUCAACAGUAUAACUAUGUAGAUGAUUAUGAUAAAGGGGACAGUGGUAUCACCAUUGAUGAAAUCUUCAAGAAAGCAAAUGAUGAGUAUUGGCAACCAGGGGAAGAUCGUUACCUAAAUAAUCGUCUUGAAGGGCCAGUGAAGUUAUAUGAGGAGAUUUUCGGUCCUAAUGGGCCACAAACUAUGGAGGAGUUGGGAGACAUACCUGAUGCAGAAACAAGAUAUAAGGAAUGGGUAGAAAAGCAUGGGCCUUCCAGGUAUGCUGUGAUUGAUGAAGGUAAGGAGUAUGACAUAUUUAAUGUGAUAGUCGAUCCUGAAUGGAAUGAGAGAAUUCGUGCACUGAAACCUCCAAUUCCAUACUGGUUUGAGACACGUAAAGGUAGGAAAGCAUGGUUGAAAAAGUAUAUUCCUGGCAUUCCUCAUGGAAGUAAGUACAGGGUAUACUUUAACACAGCUAAUGGACCAUUGGAACGAGUACCUGCUUGGGCUACCUAUGUGCAGCCAGGUGGAGAUGGAGUGCCAGCUUGUGCUAUCCACUGGGAACCAUCCCCCGAACAGGCAUACAAAUGGAAAAAUAAAAGCCCCGAAGUGCCAAAAUCCCUACGGAUGUAUGAAGCUCAUGUCGGAAUUAGUGGAUCUGAGCCAAAAAUAUCCUCAUUCAAUGAUUUUACAGACAAGGUUCUUCCUCACAUAAAGGAAGCUGGAUACAACGCAAUCCAGUUGAUUGGAGUUGUUGAACACAAGGAUUAUUUCACCGUUGGUUAUCGAGUUACCAAUUUUUAUGCUGUCAGUAGUCGAUAUGGCACUCCUGAAGACUUCAAGCGAUUAGUUGAUGAGGCCCAUGGUCUAGGACUGCUGGUCUUCCUAGAAAUUGUGCAUUCAUACGCAGCUGCAGAUGAAAUGGUUGGAUUAUCAAUGUUUGAUGGAUCAAAUGACUGUUAUUUUCAUUCUGGUAAGCGAGGACAACACAAAUUCUGGGGCACCAGAAUGUUCAAAUAUGGCGACCCUGAUGUUUUGCAUUUCCUUCUCUCAAACCUGAACUGGUGGAUUACAGAGUAUCAGAUUGAUGGUUUCCACUUCCAUUCAGUUUCGUCUAUGCUAUACACUCACAAUGGUUUUGCUUCUUUUACUGGUGACUUGGAGGAGUACUGUAACCAAUACGUUGACAGGGAUGCACAAUUGUAUCUUAUCCUGGCCAAUGAGAUACUACACGCUCUUUACCCAAAUAUUAUCACCAUAGCAGAGGAUGCAACAUUUUACCCUGGAUUAUGUGAGCCAACUUCUCAAGGUGGAUUGGGAUUUGAUUAUUAUGUCAACCUCUCUGUGCCUGAAAUGUGGUCAACUUUUCUCGACAGUGUGCCUGACCUUGAAUGGAGCAUGACUAAGAUUGUCAACACAUUAAUUUCCAGUAGAGAACAUGCUGAUAGGAUGCUUAUGUACACUGAAAAUCACAACCAGUCCAUAUCUGGAAGGCAAUCAUUUGCAGAAAUAUUGUUUGGCAGAAUAGAUAAACAUUCACAUCACUAUAAGGAAUCUUUGCAGAGAGGAUCUUCAUUACAUAAAAUGAUCAGAUUGAUAACGUUUACAACUGGUUGCCGUGCUUAUCUGAACUUCAUGGGCAACGAGUUUGGGCAUCCAAAGAGAGUUGAGUUUCCAACAUCAAGCAACAACUACUCAUAUUCACUUGCAAAUCGUCAGUGGGAUCUAUUGGAAAAAGAUGGAAUUCACUGUGAUUUAUUUUCCUUUGAUAAGGACAUGAUGAAGCUGGAUGAAAAUCUGAGAGUGCUCUCAAGACGUAUUCCGAACUUUCACCAUGUGAAUGACAGUUCAAUGGUUAUAUCUUACAUCAGAGGCCCCCUUCUCUUUGUUUUCAAUUUUCACCCAACCAAUUCUUAUGAUAGUUACAGCAUAGGUGUAGAUGAAGCUGGAGAGUAUCAAGUUAUUUUAAAUACAGAUGAAAUAAAGUAUGGAGGUCAGGGAAUUCUUAAAGAAGAUCAGUAUCUUCAAAGAACUGUCAGUAGAAGAGUUGAUGGCCUUCAAAACUGCUUACAGGUGUCACUGCCUAGCAGAACUGCUCAGGUUUACAAGUUAAGACGGAUUUUGAGAAUAUGAAGCACUCUGCAUCCAUGGAACAACUUUAAGCCCAGUAAAAUAGACGUAGGUGUGGAUUGUUGGUAAUUGAAGUUGAUGAAGAAGAUGAAGUGCCUUCCAAAGUUACCACAGCUACAGCUUCUAUGAUACCUAAAGCUGUCACAACAAAUGGAUCUUUGAUGUAUGAAACAUGCAAGGUAUUGAUUAUUGAAAGAUGGUGCUGCAUGGCCUAGUUAUAUAGAUUUAGAAGGGUUAAUGCUCAAAUUAAUCCGAAAAAGAUUUAAAAGCUUACAAGCGAAUCAAUUUGGUUUCUAAAAUAUCCAAUACCUUAAUAUGGUAUAUAAAAGAUAUCAAUGCGAGUCAAUUUGGUCAAUUUUGUUAAUUUUUUGUUGACAUGUCAGUGCUAAGUGUCACAUGGCACGUUCAGAAUAUGUCUUGAUAAAUUUUGUCUCAUAAAUUAACAAAAAGGUCUACUUGACUUGCAUAUUUUUUAGAGACUAAAUUUUGCCGCUAAAUCUUCAGGAGCUAAAUAAAUUUGUUCAUAUUUUUUUAGAAAUUAUUUUGAGCAUUAAUCCAAAUUUACAGUUAUCUUGUAAAUCCUUCAUAUCCAUGUUACAAGAAUUUAUGGUGUGUAAAUAGUUUCGUUAUACA